AUGGAUUUACCAUCCGAAAUCAAGACCUCGCAUCGCAUCACACUCGCACUCCUAGACGAAAUUCUAGAGGACUUUGGACUCGAUCGUAAACAUGGCCUGUCAUCGAUCAAGCUGAUCGGCUCAUUGCCAUCGAACACUGAGACCAAGAGCGAUGAUAUCAUCAUGUCACUGAUAGGAGCUAUUCCAUCUCUGGCGAACGCAAUAAUCGCGACGCAGAUCUUUGAAGCCAGAGGAGGUGCGCCUCAGAGUAUUGAAAUCGACCUUCGCAGAGCGCAUAACUAUCUUGAUCCAGAUAUCGGAAUGACUCCUACACUCAAUGAUCAAGAGAUCACUCUGGAUGUCGUUGCCGGGAAUCCGUUCAUAUCAGGGAUAUAUGAGACGGCUGAUAGCCGUCACGUGGUUCCCUCAGCCGUGUAUGUCGAUCUUGUCUACCGCUGGAGCACAUUCUUGCAAUGUGCAGUGAACUCGGAAGACGUUGCGAGAGCUAUCAAGGGCUGGACGUCGCGAGAUCUCGAGAGUGCGGCCGAAGCUGCGGGCUUACCGCUCGCCGUCGUCCAGUCUACAGAAUCAUGGGCGUCGACAGACCAGGGCAAGCAUCUAUCAAACCUUCCAAUUGUGCCAAUCCGCAAGAUUGGGACAUCCCCAUCAUCUUCACUCCCUGACCAACCGAGUCGACCAUUGGAAGGAAUUAAAGUCCUAUGCUUGACACACGCAAUCGCAGGCCCCUCAGCCGGACGAACACUCGCAGAACAUGGAGCUUCCGUGCUUCAGAUCAUGUACACACACGGCUACGAACAUCCCUUCGUCUACACAUAUGCAAAUCUAGGAUGCGCCUCUUCGCGUUUGAAUCUGAACCGUGAUAGCGAUCGGAGUCACAUGUGGAGACUCGUACGAGAAGCCCACGUGUGGAUCGAUUCCUAUCGCGGUGGAGCACUGGCCAAAUUCGGCUUCACAGAUGGAAAGCUCCACGAGAUCAAUCCGAGUUUGAUCAUUUCCCAUGUUCGACUCUAUGGAACGACGGGUCCAUGGUCGGAGAAAGCGGGAUUCGAUAUGCAAGGCUCUGCUUCGUCGGGUAUGAUGGCUCUGUGUGGUCAGGGACCUCGGAAUCCUGCCUGGCCGCCGGGACAGGUCAUCAAUGACUACACCACCGGAUACUAUGGAGCACUAGCUAUCCAAGCAGCCAUUCUUCGACAAAUGAAGGAAGGUGGCGGGUAUGUCUUGAGCCCGUCCUUGACGGGCACUGCAAUGUCCAUCGUGAAGUAUUUCAGGACUUCGAGAUUUCCUGAGCUUGCUCAUAUCCAAGGCGGCAAACUACCGCCGCAGGAGCUCACCAUGACGACAGGAUUGGGAGUCCUCAAGACUUUGCAGCCGCUUCCAGUUCUGACAGGUACUCCACUUCAGUACAGCAAGUCGUUAUCUGCUAUGGGCUCGGAUUUGCCUCUGUUCCCGGGUGGUACGAUGACAUAUGAUAUCGCGGCCGUACAGCCUUCCAAGAAGGAGGAUGUAUUGCGUGCUUUCAAGAGUGCAAACGAGAAGAAGACUCGAGAGCUGAAGGACAUCUCCGCGAGGUGGACUUUAGCCUAG